AUGGCGUCCGCCGCCUCGCCCCCGCCGUCGUGGGUCAUCCUGGGCAGCGUGCCGCGGGUGCUCUCGGCGGCCGACGCCAACGCCGACCUCCCUCCGGGCCCAGGCGCCGCCGACUUCUCCCUCGCGCUGCCGGCGCCCCCGCGCGUCGCGCUCCUCACCAUCCCCCCGCGCAUCUUCCCGUGCCGCACCACCCCCGACAACUUCCCCUCCGUCCUCGCCGCCGACCCCUCCGCGGGCCUCCUCCUCCUCCACGCCGACCAGGGCCGCGCCACGGGCCCCACCAUCAUCGACACCCCCGGCCGCCAGGAGUUCUCCUGGCGCCCGCGCGUCGCGGGCUACUUCGUGCUCGACGCCGCCGCCGCCGCCGCCCUGCCGCUCCCCAAGCCCGAGCUCGUCGCGCACCCGGGCCACCUCGGCCUCGUCGCCUCCCCCGACGGCCAGGGCUUCAUGGUCGCCGAGCUGCAGCCCUUCCUCGGCGGCGACACGGCCGACCUCCUGCGCUUCUCGUCGCAGGUCGGGGAGUGGGUCAGCAAGAGCGUGCGCUACCCGCUCCCGGCGCGCCAGCUCAGCCCCAACGGCGUCGUCGCCUGCUCCGGGAGGCUCUGGUGGGUCGACCUCUCCUGGUGCCUACUCACCUGCGACCCCUUCGCCGACGCGCCGGCGCUCCACGUCGUCCCGCUCCCGGACGGCAAGGCGCUCAAGUCCAAGGAAGCCUGGGGCCUGCUCGACAAGUACCGCUGCGUCGGCGUCAGCGCCGGCAAGCUGCGGUUCGUCGACAUGUACCGCAACCGCAACAGCAACGGCGCCGCGCAGAUCAGCGUCUGGACGCUCGCCGACUACCCAGAGUCCACGGACUGGACGCUGGAGUACGAGGCCACCUUCGCGGAGAUCUGCAACGACGCCACCUACAAGGCCACUGGUCUGCCGAGGAAGAUCCCCGUGCUGGCGCUCAUCCAUCCAAUCAACCCCGACGUGGUCUACUUCUUCCUGGACGAGCACCUGGUCGGCGUCGACGUGCGUGCCCGCAAGGUCGUGGGGUGCGAGGUCUACGAGCUGGUUGAGCCGCCGCGCGAAGACGUCGCUUCCCGCUUCGUUCACGCUUGGCAGCUGCCACCGGCUCUCUGCUCAGGUCCUGAAGAGGAAACAGUCGAUGGCGCGGCUGAAGAGCUGCAGCAACUGAAUCUGUCCGAUUAUCUGAAAAAGUACAAGCUCAUCUGUUAG